AUGGUGAACCGAGUGCAGGACCACAUCCAGAGUCACACAGUCUACUACCUCAUGAACAUCCAUGUCACACCCCGCUCCAUCUACCUGUGCCGGCAUGGCGAGAGUGAGCUCAACCUCAGGGGCCGCAUCGGAGGAGACUCUGGCCUCUCAGCUCGGGGCAAGCAGUAUGCCUAUGCUUUGGCCAACUUCAUUCGGUCCCAAAGCAUCAGCUCCCUGAAGGUGUGGACGAGCCACAUAAAGAGGACGAUCCAGACAGCAGAAGCUCUCGGUGUCCCAUAUGAGCAGUGGAAGGCCUUGAAUGAAAUUGAUGCGGGCGUCUGUGAGGAGAUGACCUAUGAAGAAAUCCAGGAGCACUAUCCUGAAGAGUUUGCACUACGAGACCAGGAUAAAUACCGCUACCGUUAUCCCAAAGGAGAGUCCUAUGAGGAUCUUGUUCAGCGUCUGGAGCCAGUCAUAAUGGAGCUGGAGCGGCAGGAGAAUGUGCUGGUGAUCUGCCACCAGGCUGUCAUGCGGUGCCUCUUGGCCUACUUCCUGGAUAAAAGUUCAGAUGAGCUUCCCUAUCUCAAAUGCCCUCUGCACACGGUGCUCAAACUCACACCCGUGGCUUAUGGCUGCAAAGUGGAGUCUACCUGAACGUAGAGGCUGUGAACACACACCGGGAGAAGCCUGAGAAUGUGGAUGUCACCCGGGAACCUGCGGAAGCCCUGGACACUGUCCCUGCCCACUACUAAGUCUUCCAAGAGGC